CCCCCGCUGCAGGAGAGGGAGGGGGAAAGAAAAGUGCUGUUAGGAGGAAAGGGGCGGAAGGAGAAGAAAAAAAAAGAAAAGAAAGAAAAAGGGAACAGAAACAUGGCCGUCAGCCGUCGGGGCGGCCGCGCCACGGGUUACUCCUAGGCGACCCGCGGACAGCAUUGUCCGGUUUCGGGUGAGCCGGCGCCCCGGAGGGCUCGAGCUCCGGGCCGUUACCCCUUGCUGCAGGCAGCGCCCCUCGGGACCCAGCCUGUGAAGCCGCGCAGGCGCAGAUCGGCCGUGGCGGCCGCGGCGGCCGCAGGAGCGAGUCUCCCCCUCCCACCUCCCCCCCCACCCCCCGUCCGGCACAGCUGAGGGCGUCCAGGCCGCGAAGCCGGCGCUUUCAUGCUCCAGGAAGGGGCCGUGUUCGGGUGGCGCUGAAGGAAGAGCCCCGCGGCAGGAAAUAAAAUAACAGCCAUGUUAGAAGACAAAGGGCCAAGAGUGACCGACUACUUUGUUGUAGCAGGUCUCACUGAUACAUGCACUCUUUUGGAUCAAGAAAUAAAUCGUUUGGAUACCAAGUCAACUGGACCGAAAGCUCCAAUUACAGACAUUGCAAUUAUUAUCAAAUCAGCUGGGGAAACAGUACCUGAAGACUAUACCUGUGUUGAAACCACUCCAUCAGCUCUCCAGGCAAACUUGAACUAUGGAAGUCUAAAAAGCCCAGAACUUUUUCUCUGUUAUAAAAGAGGGAGAGAUAAACCACCCCUUACUGACAUUGGAGUUCUAUAUGAAGGCAAAGAAAGACUUAUUCCAGGAUGUGAAGUGAUCCAAGCCACACCCUAUGGUCGCUGUGCCAAUGUCAACAAUAGUUCAACCACUUCACAAAGAAUCUUUAUCACUUAUCGAAGGGCUCUUCCAGUUCGACCCCAGAAUUCCUUGGCUGUAACUGAUAUUUGUGUUAUUAUAACUAGUAAAGGAGAAACCCCUCCUCAUACUUUCUGCAAAGUUGACAAAAACUUAAAUUGUGGAAUGUGGGGUUCCAGUGUGUUUCUUUGUUAUAAGAAGUCUGUGCCUGCUUCUAAUGCAAUAGCAUAUAAAGCUGGUUUGAUUUUCAGGUAUCCAGAAGAUGACUAUGAAUCAUUUCCACUCUCAGAAUCUGUACCUCUCUUCUGCCUUCCUAUGGGAGCUACUAUUGAAUGUUGGGAUCCCCAAACCAAAUACCCACUCCCAGUUUUUUCAACUUUUGUCCUGACAGGCUCUUCUGCUGAAAAGGUAUAUGGAGCUGCUAUCCAGUUUUAUGAACCUUACCCUCGAGAACUGCUAACAGAGAAGCAGCUUAUGCAGCUUGGCCUGCUGACACCUGUGGAGAAAAAAGCCAUCACCAAAUCCAUCAAUUCGAACAAAUGCAUUUGUUUACUUUCACACUGGCCAUUUUUUGAAGCUUUUAAAAAAUUUCUCAUGUUUAUCUACAAACUUUCUGUGUCUGGACCACAUCCUCUUCCUAUUGAAAAGCACAUUUCACAUUUCAUGCACAACAUAUCUUUUCCUUCACCACAAAGACCAAGAAUUCUUGUACAGCUCUCAGUCCAUGAUGCCUUAAUAUUAUCACAGCCAGUUUCUACACCUUUACCACUGAGUGGAGCCAACUUUAGCACCUUGCUAAUGAAUCUAGGUCCUGAGACUUGUGCAACGCUGCUGCUCUUUGUUUUACUUGAGAGUAAGAUUCUGCUGCAUUCCCUUAGGCCAGCUGUGUUGACUGGAGUAGCCGAAGCUGUUGUAGCUAUGAUCUUUCCGUUUCAGUGGCAGUGCCCGUAUAUUCCUCUUUGUCCUCUCUCCCUGGCGGCUGUACUCAGCGCACCUUUGCCUUUUAUAGUUGGAGUUGACUCAAGGUAUUUUGAUCUUCAUGACCCACCACAAGAUGUUGUUUGCAUUGAUUUGGAUACAAACAUGUUAUAUGUAUCAGAUGAAAAGAAGGCCAUGAACUGGAAACAACUUCCAAAAAAACCAUGCAAAAAUUUGCUUAGCACCUUGAAGAAAUUGUAUCCCCAGCUCUGUUCAGUUCACCGAAAAACACAAGAUGGCUCAGCGAUUGAGAUGACUCCAAUUGAAGCAGAUUUCUCUUGGCAAAAGAAGAUGACACAGCUUGAAAUGGAAAUUCAAGAGGCAUUUUUGCGUUUUAUGGCAUCUAUUUUAAAAGGAUAUAGAACAUAUCUCAAACCAAUUACAGAGGCUCCUUCAAAUAAAGCCACUGCUGCUGAUUCAUUGUUUGACCGACAGGGAUUUUUAAAAAGUCGAGAUCGUGCCUAUACAAAAUUCUACACUCUUUUAUCCAAAACACAGAUUUUUAUACGUUUCAUAGAAGAAUGUAGUUUUGUAAGUGAUAAAGAUACUGGGCUGGCAUUUUUUGAUGACUGCAUAGAAAAGUUGUUUCCUGAUAAAGGCACAGAAAGAACAGAUAAGGUUGAUUUUGACUCAGCAGAAGAUACAAAAUUAAUAGAGCUAGAUGAUUCACAGAAAAGUGAACAUACCGUAUUCAUAAUGCCACCAGAACCACCUCCUGAUGAUGGGAAGGACCUCUCACAAACGUACAGUUACACAUUCUUUCCAAGACUGGACCUUAAGCUUUUUGACAGACCACAGGAGUUGAAACUUUGUUUUAGUAGGCAUCCUACUGGGAAUAGCAUUACAAACAGUCCAUCUCUCAUGGCUAAGAGAACUAAACAGGAGAUAAAAACAGCUCAUAAGUUGGCGAAGAGAUGUUAUAUGAAUCCACCUCAAUGGGCCAAGUUUCUCUUCAGUUAUUGUUAUAGUUUAUGGUUUAUUUGUCUCCCAGCCUAUGUUAGAGUUUCUCAUCAUAAGGUCAGAGCACUUCAGCAGGCAUAUGAUGUCCUUAUUAAGAUGAGAAAAACGGAUGUGGAUCCACUAGAUGAGGUGUGCUAUCGAGUAGUAAUGCAGCUUUGUGGACUUUGGGGUCAUCCUGUGUUAGCAGUAAGAGUCUUAUUUGAAAUGAAAACUGCUAAGAUAAAACCAAAUGCUAUUACUUAUGGUUAUUAUAAUAAGGUAGUUUUGGAGAGCCCAUGGCCUAGCAGUACCCGCAGUGGUAUCUUCUUAUGGACGAAGGUACGGAAUGUGGUACGUGGCUUGGCACAAUUUAGGCAGCCACUUAAAAAGACUGUGCAAAAGUCACAGGUCUCUUCAAUAUCAGCGCCUCAGAAUGCCACAGGUGGAAGUGAUGGGGACACGGUGAGCCACGGUAGCGUGGAUAGUUCUAAUGAUGCUAACAAUGGGGAGCACACAGUCUUCGUCAGAGAUUUAAUCAGUUUUGAUUCCAUUGAUAAUCACUCUAGUACAGGUGGUCAGUCUGAUCAAGGCUAUGGAUCUAAGGAUGAACUUAUAAAGGAUGAUGCAGAAAUCCAUGUGUCUGAGGAACAAGUAGCAAAAGAACUGAUAACUAAAAUAACAGUGCAAACAGAAGAGGUGUGUGAUGUUUCUGCUGCUGUGACAAAACAUUCACAAUCUAGUGCAGAGUCACAGAGCCCUGCUGAGUCCCCCGGCUGGGGCAGCAGUAUUGUGAAAGUUCCAUCUGGUAUAUUUGAUAUCAAUGGCAGGAAAAAUAGCACUGGUAGUACAUCAAAUGUGCUGUUUUCUUCUCAAGAUCCAGUUGAAGAUGCAGUUUUUGGUGAAGUUACUAAUCUCAAGAAGAAUGGUGAUAGAGGAGAAAAAAGACAAAAGCAUUUUCCAGAGAGGAGUUGUAGCUUUAGUUCUGAAAGUCGAGCGGGAAUGCUACUUAAGAAGAGCAGCUUGGAUUUGAAUUCAAGUGACGUAGCUAUCUUGAUGGGAGCAGAUGCCAAGAUUCUCACAGCAGCACUGACAUGUCCUAAGACUUCUCCACUUCAUAUUACAAGGACUCAUAGUGUUGAAAGUGCUAGCUGUCAUCAAGUUGAUACUAGGACUCGGAUUUCUGAAAGCAUGUGGGAUUCUGACCACAGAUCUUCCAUGUUAGAGAUGCUUGAGGAAAGCCAAGAGCCCCUAGAGCCUAUGGUUGAUGACAAUGAAACUGAAACUACUAUGACAAAGGGUACACAUGUCAGUCUGCAAAAUAAUAGUAACAGUAAUCAGUCCACAGACUUUAAGGCAGAAUCCAAAGAUCUAGUAAAUAAUAAGAGAAAUAGUUUAUAUGGUGUUGCUAAAGCAGUUGAGAGGGAAGAUGUUGAAACUGGGUUAGACCCUUUGUCUCUCUUAGCCACUGAAUGUACAGUAGAAAAAUCAUCUGAUUCUGAAGAUAAGUUUUCUCCAGUUAUUGCACGUAAUUUAGCUGAUGAAAUUGAAAGUUACAUGAAGCUAAAAAGUCCCCUUGCCAACAAGUCUUCCAGUAUGGAAUUACAUCGGGAGAGAAACAGAGAAUCUUAUACUCCCACUGCAGUUGUUCACCCAUUAGAAAGGAGAUCAAGCCUACCUUUAGAUCAUGGGCCACCAACACAGGAAAAUCCUGAAAGUGAAAACAGCUCCCCUACAGUAUCCAGAUCUAAAACUUUCAUUGCACAUUUCAAGCAACAAACUCCCCGGACUCAUAAAGAUCGCUCGAGUUCUUUAUCAGCACUGGUGCGUUCUUCACCACAUGGCUCACUGGGUUCGGUGGUAAAUUCUUUGUCAGGAAUAAAGCUGGAUAAUAUACUCUCUGGACCCAAGAUAGAUGUACUAAAAUCCAGUAUGAAACAGGCAGCAACAGUAGCCAGUAAGAUGUGGGGAGCUGUAUCAUCUGCCUAUAACUAUUCUGAUGAUGAGGAGGAACCUAAUAAAGAUUACAGCUUCCCAGCUGGCCUCGAAGAUCAUAUUUUGGGGGAGAACAUAUCAGCUAAUACAAGUAUCUCAGGGUUGGUCUCCAGUGAACUUACUCAGAGCAACACAAGCCUUGGGAGUAGCAGCAGUGGUGAUGUGGGAAAACUACAGUAUGCAACAGGUGAAUUUCCGUUUUCAAGAGGCAUAAAAGGACAGGACUUUGAAAAAUCAGAUCAUGGUUCUUCUCAAAACACCAGCAUGUCUAGCAUCUAUCAGAAUUGUGCAAUGGAGGUUUUGAUGUCAAGUUGUUCACAGUGUAGAGCUUGUGAAACUUUAGUUUAUGAUGAAGAAAUCAUGGCUGGCUGGAUGGCAGAUGGUUCAAAUUUGAAUACAACCUGUCCAUUCUGUAAAAGCAAUUUCUUGCCUCUUCUCAAUAUAGAAUUUAAAGACUUACGAGGCUCUGCAAGCUUUUUCCUGAAACCAAGUACCUCUGGUGACAGUUUACAAAGUGGCAGCAUCCCUUUGACAAGUGAACCUUCAGAGCACAAAUUUGUUGUCAGUUCAGCAGAACCUGACUUGAUCAACCUUAUGGAUUUUCUAAAACUUAACCAGACCAUAACUGAAGAAACAAGCUCUACAGUUGAAUCAAGUGAUGAAAUAAAGAAAGCCAGUGGAGAUGCUCAAACUAUGAAAAAUUCACCUGUACCUAACAGUUUAUCAAAGCGAAAUAUUUCUUUGACUCGAAGUCACAGUAUUGGAGGUCCCUUGCAAAAUAUUGACUUUUCGCAGCAACCAUUUCAUGGCAUCUCAACAGUUAGUCUUCCAAACAAUCUACAAGAAGUUGUGGAUCCUUUAGGAAAAAGACCGAAUCCUCCCCCUGUCUCUGUGCCCUACUUGAGCCCUCUAGUGCUUCGUAAAGAACUUGAGUCAUUGCUAGAAAAUGAAGGUGAUCAGGUGAUUCACACAUCUUCUUUCAUCAAUCAACACCCUAUUAUUUUCUGGAACCUCGUUUGGUAUUUCAGACGUCUGGAUCUUCCAAGUAACUUGCCAGGACUUAUUCUUACAUCUGAACAUUGUAAUGGAGGUGUACAGCUUCCACUAUCAUCUCUGUCCCAGGACAGUAAACUUGUGUAUAUUCAGCUGUUAUGGGAUAAUAUCAACCUCCAUCAGGAACCAGGAGAGCCUCUAUAUGUCUCAUGGAGGAAUUUUAAUUCUGAAAAAAAAUUGUCUCUCCUAUCUGAGGAACAGCAAGCAACAAACACCUUAGUGGAAGCCAUCAGACAGAGUAUUCAACAUAAUGAUGUUCUUAAGCCCAUCAGUUUGCUUUCUCAGCAAAUGAAGCCAGACAUGAAAAGACAAAGGAGUUUAUAUAGAGAAAUUCUCUUCUUGUCAUUAGUCUCUCUUGGAAGAGAAAAUAUUGAUAUUGAGGCUUUUGACAAUGAAUAUGGAGUUGCAUAUAAUAAUCUAUCUUCAGAGAUUCUUGAGAAGUUGCAGAAUAUUGAUGCUCCACCAAGUGUCCGUGUGGAAUGGUGCAGGAAGUGUUUUGGAGCGCCUCUCAUUUAAAGAGAUUCCUUAGAAUUUUGGCAGAACUCUGGAGAAAUAGAAUUCAAAGAUUUUCCCAAAUCCUAAGAACUGAUGAAAACUAAAAUGAAUUCUUAGGACAAUAAGCAAUGAAAUGCAGUUCACAUUGAGUCAUCUCACAAUGUAAAAACACCACAGGGUUGAAGCUUUUCAGCUUAUUUAUAUGCCUCUGCUAGAAUUUUCGUACUAGUUUGAGAAACCAAUAUUCAUCCUUAGCAUUUCGUUGAAAUCUACUGGGUUUGGAGAAAGGCAAAAUUAAACUUGUCUAACCCCAAAACAAAUGAAUUAACUCAAUUAUAAGAGCAAGUAUUUGUGUGUACAUAUGUGUGGCUGUAUAGCUAUGUUUAAAUACAGUCAUAAGUGUAUUUAUUAAAACUCUUAGGUUACAUGUUAGUUUUCACAAAGGGGUCUCAAAUGACUACUACUAAACUCAGCUGAAGUAACCAUGAAACUACCAGUAAGUCUGAUGACAGUUGCCUCUGACUUUAAAUCUUUACACUUGAUUUAAUUAACUUGCAUAAUGAGUGAGUGUCACCUACCCAGUAGAAUGCUUCUUUGUAGUGUCAAUAUUGGAACAAACUAAAUCAAUUUAAGUUACAAAAUUAGAAUUUGUUUAGAAUGCUGUAGUAGUCUUUGGACCUAAGUUGUACAGGCACAUACUUUGUAGUCAUUGGUUACUCUUUAAACCUGUGGGAUGAACUUGCACUGCAGUUUUAUUCUUGUAUAAUUUUAGAUUUAUAUGCUUGUGAGUAAAAAUGCACAUUUGUAAAUAGUUUUUUUAGGUUGAAUCAAUUAAGUCUAAAACUUAGAACUUGCUGCCUAUAUAAGGUUGAAGAAAAUCAUGACCUCACACAACCUCAGACAUCAUGCCUUUCACUAAAAAUAUCCCUUAGGAACAGUUUGCCUUAACUUGGCCUGGUUUUAAAAGCCAUUUCUGUGUACUUUUAUGCAGAUGACUAAAUCAGUUCAUCAAGCUUUUUAAGGUGGUAGUUAGUACAUGUACAUGUCCACUCUACCAGGUAUCUUUUAAAAACUACCAGUCUUGGGCCCAGGUGGUGGCGCACCUGGUUAAGCACACACAUUACAGUGUGCAAGGACCUGAGUUCGAGCCCCUGGUCCCCACCUGCAGGAGGAAAGCUUUACAAGUGAUGAAGCAGGGCUGCAUUUUUCUCUCCCUAUCACCCCAUUCCCUCUUCUCUAUCUAAUAAAGAUUAAAAACUAAUUUCUGGCUAUCUCUAUCUAAUAAAGAUUAAAAACUACCAGUCUUAACAUUUCAGGGCUAAUAUGACCUAUGCAAAAUUCUAGGUUUGGCUUAUUGUGAAAGUGCUAAGAGGAAAAGAACUUGUCAGAAAUUAUGUACAAUUCUCAUUACCUUCAAACGGAUCUUUUGCACUGCCUCAGAGUAUAUAUUUUUACAGCAUAAGACUUGGUACUUGUUUUAAUAUAUUUAACAUUCACUACCCCAACUGAAAGUUUGAAACUACUUGCAUAUAAAAUGAAAUUGAAUAAAAUGAGUUUUAAAUUUGC